AAACUCCUCUCUUUCUCUCUCUCUCUCUCUCUCGCGCAAGUCAGAGCACGUUCUCAAAACCCUAACCCUAGAUCGCUAUCAAAGAUGAUGUCCAGAUCGUACACCAACCUGCUAGAUCUCGCCGCCGGGAACUUCUCGGCGCUCAGCGUCGGGGGCGGUGGAACACCACGAGCCAGGCGGCUACCCCGCGUCAUGACCGUCCCGGGCAUCGUCUCCGAGCUUGACGAUGAGGAACGUAGCGUUUCCUCUGAUGUCCCUUCUUCGCUUGCACAGGAUCGGAUCAUUAUUGUUUCGAACCAGCUGCCUGUGCGCGCCCGCCGCCGGCCGGAUGGCCGUGGGUGGUCGUUGUCUUGGGAUGAGGAGUCGCUUCUUCUCCAGCUCCGGGAUGGGCUUCCUGAAGACAUGGAGGUUCUUUAUGUCGGUUCUCUCCGCACUGACUCUCCUGUCGACCCCAGUGAACAUGAUGAUCUCUCGCAAACGCUUCUCGAUCGGUUCAAGUGCGUGCCUGCGUUCCUCCCUCAGGAUCUUCUCGAGAAGUUCUACCAUGGGUUUUGCAAGCAGCGCCUAUGGCCUCUCUUUCACUACCUGCUGCCUUUCCCCGGGCCGCACCAUGGCGGCGCCGGCCGUUUCGAUCGGGGGCUGUGGGAAGCGUAUGUUCUCGCCAAUAAGAUCUAUGCUCAGAAGGUCAUCGAGAUCAUCAGCCCCGAGGAUGACUAUGUCUGGGUUCACGAUUACCAUCUCCUUGCUCUUCCCUCCUUUCUUCGCCGCCGGUUCCUCCGUCUUCGCAUGGGGUUCUUCCUCCAUUCCCCUUUUCCUUCAUCCGAGAUCUAUCGCACGCUUCCCGUACGGGAAGAGAUUCUUCGGUCCCUGUUGAACUGCGAUCUCAUCGGAUUUCACACCUUUGAUUAUGCUCGGCACUUCCUGUCCUGUUGCUCGCGGAUGCUCGGGCUUGAGUAUCAGUCUCGGCGGGGGUAUAUCGGCCUGGAAUUCUUCGGCCGCACUGUUGGCAUCAAAAUCAUGCCUGUUGGAGUCCAUAUGGGACAGCUUGAAUCCGCCCUGGGGUUUCCUGAUCGUGAGUGGCGGGUUGCUGAGCUAAAGAGGCAAUUUGAAGGGAAAACCGUGCUUCUUGGUGUUGAUGAUACUGAUAUUUUUAAAGGGAUAAAUCUGAAAUUGUUGGCCUUUGAACAGAUGUUGAAGCUGCAUCCCAAAUGGCAGGGAAGGGCUGUGCUUGUCCAGAUUGCUAAUCCGGCCCGAGGGAGAGGAAGGGAUUUGGAUGAGAUCCAGGUGGAGAUCGAGGAUACUUGUAAGAGAAUUAAUGAGCAAUUUGGCAAUGAUGGUUAUAGGCCAGUGGUGUAUAUUAAUCAUGACGUGUCUUUCAGUGAAAGGAUUGCAUACUAUACAAUUGCAGAGUGUGUGGUUGUGACUGCAGUGAGAGAUGGGAUGAACCUGAUUCCUUAUGAGUACAUUGUGUGCAGGCAGGGGAUAUCAGGUUCUGAAGCAAGCCAGGAUUCAGGUUCUUCUGUAAAGAAGAGUAUGCUGGUGGUGUCGGAGUUUAUCGGGUGCUCCCCGUCUUUGAGUGGUGCCAUACGAAUCAACCCUUGGAACACAGAGUCUACCGCGGAGGCUAUGAAUGAAGCAAUAUCUAUGUCUGAGGCAGAGAAACAGCUGAGGCAUGAGAAACAUUAUAGAUAUGUUAGCACACAUGAUGUAGCUUAUUGGUCGAGAAGCUUCAUGCAGGACAUGGAGAGGACUUGCAAGGAUCAUUUUAGGAGGAGGUGUUGGGGGAUCGGGUUGGGCUUUGGAUUCAGAGUGGUGGCUCUUGAUCCCAAUUUCCGGAAGCUCAAUACUGAUGUGAUAGCUUCAGCAUAUCAGAAGGCCAAGAGCAGGGCAAUAUUGUUGGACUAUGAUGGCACAAUGAUGCCCCAGACAUCUAUUAACAAGACCCCCAGUGAGGAGGUUAUUUCCAUUAUCAAUAAAUUGUGUUCUGAUAGUAAGAAUAUUGUCUUCAUUGUCAGUGGGAGAGGAAGGGACAGCUUAGGGAAGUGGUUCUCACCGUGCAAGAAGCUCGGCAUUGCAGCAGAGCAUGGGUACUUCCUGAGGUGGAGUGGGGAGGAUGAAUGGGAAACUUAUGGGCAGACUAAUGAUUUCGGAUGGAUACAAAUGGCUGAACCAGUGAUGAAACUGUAUACAGAAUCAACUGAUGGGUCUUCUAUAGAGACUAAAGAAAGUGCACUAGUGUGGCAUCAUCAGGAUGCAGACCCAGACUUUGGUUCCUCUCAAGCUAAAGAGAUGCUGGACCACCUGGAGAGUGUGUUGGCUAAUGAACCAGUUGUUGUGAAGAGUGGUCAGUUCAUUGUGGAAGUUAAGCCACAGGGAGUUAGCAAAGGUCUAGUUGCUGAGAAGAUCUUAUCAUCUAUGUUUGAACAUGGGAAACAAGCAGACUUUGUCUUGUGCAUCGGUGAUGAUAGAUCUGAUGAGGAAAUGUUUGAAGGUAUUAAUGGAUUAGUGAAUAAGCAUUUGGUUGCCCCGAACACAUCAUUGUUUGCUUGCACAGUUGGACAGAAGCCAAGUAAGGCCAAGUAUUAUUUAGAUGACACAUCUGAUGUGAUAAGCAUGCUACAAGGUCUCGCAGAAGCCUCUGAAGAAUCAUCAUCUCCUGUCUUCUCUGACGAAUCUGAACUGUCCCCUUCCAGUGAAGUGCAAACUGAAAGACUAUAUGUUUAAACUUCAAUUUUGGUCCCCAUAUCUACCAAACCCAGGAAUCGGAGCCACAGAAAGCAACCUCAUAGCAUUCGGCGUUGGAAGCACUUAAAUGGACUUAUGAACUUAUAAUAGAGGAAUGGGGACCCCGUGUUUAUAUGAAUCAGGACCCUUUUUGUCGACGCACUUGUUUGCAAAUGCUGGAGCCAAAAUUUCUGCCCCUACUCUGGUUCAGACUCAAGAGUUGCAAUUUUGGAUGUGUUUUAAGUUGUUGGAUCCCUCGUUGCUAAAGUUAUUCUCACACUGAUGAUUGCCGGAUAAUCCUCUGGCUAGCGGUCGAUAAAACUAGCGCAGAAGAUUGUUAUGUUAACCAGCUGAAACAGUACUGAUAAAUGAUAUAACCCAGUUUGCCACCCUUUGUAGAAAAUCCUAUUCCGUAUGUCAGUUCAUUUUUCUAUCAUUCCAGUGGGGUAAUCUUCUUCAUUUCCUUUUGCAGUAUUCAUUGAUUGAAUUAUCUUUCUUUUCUCCUCUGGUGAAGAAAAUGAAUGGAUAUACUGCCCUGCCCCUUCAACCGUGCUAGUUUAGUUUAGUUUUUUUCAAAGGUUGCAAAAUGUAAUCAGUUAUGAUUCUUUGAACUGUUGUUGUUUGCUCAUUUGGCUGUUGUACCUUUUUUUUUUUUCUGGAUUGCUUUUUUCUUUACAGUGAAGAAUGAUUUCUAAUAGAAAAGGGAGGUCAAACCUCUUGUAAGUUAUAACAGGCAUGGUAAUCUAUUUUUGUAAUAGAUUUAUUACUAUUCCUAUGA